GCAAGGGAAAAGAGAGGUCAAUAUUAGUCAGAAUCUGGUGACAAAAUACAGAAAAUUGGUCUACUUCACCCACACUGUUAAUCCAGUUGGUAAAUUCCAAGAACAAUGGGGAAAACUCUCAGAUGUUAAUCUGGUUUGACAGACUUACUUGGGUUUAGAUCACUUUGUGCUUUUUCAGUAGUGUGACAAGUCUCAGUGUAAAACCCAAAGCCCCUUUCCUCGAAACAAGACCACUGAAGGUAUUUUGUGCAGACAUUCAGAGAAGUGCAGUGAAAUGUUGCAGAUGGUGGGUUGAUUUUGGUUGCAGUAGUGUUAGGGGAGGCUCUUGCAAGGAGUUGGAUAGACUGGGAUCUCCACCCCUUGCUGCAGUUAUAAAGGCACCAACAUCAAAGGAAGGAGCCAGGGAGGAGUUGAACAGCAAACUCCUUUCCUCUGGAGAACUGGGUGAGGAAUGCUGCAGAGCUGUUAAACUAGUAGGCAAGGAAUUGUUUCGUGGGAAGAGAACUUAUCUCUUUCUUCUGUGUCCCAGUGAGAAAAAUGUGGCUGAAGUUUCUUUUGGCUAUUCUUCUCUGGCAUGUAGCAGCUGCAAAGGAACCUGAGCCGCAGUAUGUCCUGAUGGUGCCUGCUGUCCUCCAAAAUGACUCUCCAGGUCAGGUUUGCCUGCAGUUCCAUAACCUCAACGAGACAGUAUCUGUCAGAGUAAUCCUAGAAUACAGCUCUGUUAAUACCACUAUUUUUAAGAAAACCAUGACAGCAAGCAGUGGUCUACAAUGCUUUGACUUCAAGAUUCCUCCUGUCCACUCUGCACCCCUGGCUUUCAUUUCCUUCUCUGCCAAGGGCAGCACCAUCAGCCUAGAGGAGCGGCGGUCAGUGAUGAUCUGGGACACAGAGAGCAUCGUCUUCGUGCAGACAGACAAACCCAUCUACAAACCAGGACAGACUGUGAGGUUUCGUGUUGUUGCCCUGGAUUUAAAUUUUAAACCCGUUCAGGAGAAGUACCCCUUGAUUGCAAUUCAGGAUCCAAGGGGCAACAGGAUCUUGCAGUGGCAAAAUGUGAAGUCGGAGAUGAACAUUAUUCAGCUGGAAUUCCCACUCACUGAAGAGCCUAUCCUGGGGAACUACAAAAUUAUUGUAGCAAAGAAGUCAGGAGAUAGAACAAAUCACUCAUUCCUUGUGGAGGAAUAUGUGUUGCCAAAAUUUGAUGUCACAGUCAGUGCACCAGAAAGCCUUACAGUCCUGGAUUCAGAGUUCGCAGUGAAAGUCUGUGGGUUGUACACCUAUGGCCAGCCUAUCGAAGGGAAAGUCAAGCUCAGUGUGUGCAGGGAUUUUGAUUCAUACGGGAGGUGCAAGAAAAGCCCAGUUUGUCAAUCAUUUACCAAAAAUCUGGAGACAGAUGGUUGCCUCUCCCAGGUCUUCAGCUCCAACAUCUUUGAGUUACAUCGCACUGGUUACAUGAGGAACCUUGAUGUGAAAGCCACUGUGACAGAGAAAGGAACAGGCCUGCAAUUUACAGCGGCUCAUGUUAUUUCCAUAACUCGGGUGAUGAACACCAUACAGUUUGCGAACAUGGACCACCACUACAGAAGAGGAAUUCCUUACUUUGGACAGAUCAAGCUGGUGGACAAAGACAACUCUCCAAUUUCCAAUGAGGUUAUUCAGCUAUUUGUUAAUAACAAGAAUACAGACAACGUCACCACAGAUCAUAAUGGUGUUGCUGAGUUUAGCAUUGACACAUCUGAAAUGUUUGAUCCCGAGAUCAGUCUGAAAGCAGUUUAUAAAACCAGUGACCACUGCCACUAUGAAGGCUGGAUAGAGCCUUACUACCCAGAAGCAUCUCUCUCUGUCCAGCGCUUCUACUCUUGGACUAGCAGUUUUGUGAGGAUUGAGCCUGUGUGGAAAGAUCUGAAAUGUGGGCAGAAGAGGAAGAUCACUGUGCACUAUGUCUUAAACACAGAAGGAUACAAAAGAAUCAACACCAUUAAUUUCUACUAUGUGGGCAUGACAAAAGGCAAGAUUGUCCUCACAGGGGAAAUUAAAGUUAAUAUCCAAGCUGGCCAAAAUGGCACUUUCACCAUUCCCCUUGUGGUCAGGCAGAAAAUGGCUCCAGCCCUUCGGUUGCUGGUGUACACCUUACACCCUGACAAGGAGCUGGUGGCAGACAGUGUUCAAUUGCCAGUUGAGAAGUGUUUCAAAAACAAGGUUCACUUGGAAUUCUCUGAAAAGCAGAUGCACCCAGCUUCCAACAUCAGUUUGGUCAUUGAAGCUGCUGCCAACUCCUUCUGUGCUGUGAGGGCAGUGGAUCAGAGCGUGCUGCUCCUCAAGCCAGAGGCAGAGCUGUCCAUGGAAAUGGUAUACAGCCUGCAUCCCCUACAAGACUUUCAAGGCUAUGUCUUCCGUGGGUUCAAUCUAGAAGAAGACUCCCAAGAGCCCUGUGUCUCAUCUGACCACAUUUUUCACAAAGGCUUGUAUUACACACCCGUAAUGUCUGGAUUAGGCCCAGAUGUGUAUCAAUUCCUCAGGGAUAUGGGAAUUAAAUUUUUUACCAACUCGAAGGUUCGACAACCAGUUGUAUGCACUGGUGAGACUGUAAGGCGUCAACCAUAUGUAAUGAAUGCAGGGCACGUGGCUUCUGCACACCAUGUCAAAUCAUCAGCUGAAGCUGCUCAGGAGGAACAAGAGAGGACACUCAUCCUUGAGACUAUUCGGGAAUUCUUUCCUGAAGCUUGGAUUUGGGAUAUAGUUCCAAUUAACUCUACUGGAAAAACCAGCAUCUCAUACACCAUCCCUGACACCAUUACCAAAUGGAAAGCCAGUGCUUUCUGUGUGGAAGAGUUGGCUGGAUUUGGCAUAUCUGCGCCUGCCACCGUGACAGCCUUGCAGCCUUUCUUUGUUGACUUGACCUUGCCAUACUCCAUCAUACGAGGAGAAGAUUUCCUGCUUAGAGCCACUGUCUUCAACUACCUUGACCAGUGCAUUAAGAUUAAUGUUUCACUGUUGGAUUCCCUUGAUUAUCAAGCCAAACCCAUCUCCCCAGAGGAUGAUGGAUGUGUAUGUGCCAAGCAAAGAAAGACCUAUGUCUGGAAUAUUCUCCCCAAAGAAAUCGGUAAUGUGGUGUUCAGCAUUACUGCAGAGGCCAAGGAUGAUGAAGCUUGUGGAGACAAAGCUCCCAGGAACAUCAGUAUUGACUACAGGGACACCCAGAUCAGAACACUGCUCAUUGAGCCUGAAGGAAUAAGAAGGGAAAAGACUCAAAACUUCUUAAUUUGUACAGAAGAUCACGUAGUUAUUCAAGAUAUAUCUCUAGAGCUACCUACAAAUGUUUUGGAAGGAUCAGCCAGAGCCUCCUUUUCUGUUGUUGGUGACAUCAUGGGCACUGCCAUGCAGAACCUGCACCAGCUCCUCCAGAUGCCCUUUGGCUGUGGAGAGCAGAACAUGGUCCUCUUUGCACCCAACAUCUACGUCCUGGACUAUCUGAACAAAACAGGGCAGCUGAGCAGGGAGGUCAAAUCCAGGGCCACUGGAUACUUAGUGAGCGGCUACCAGAAGCAGCUGUUAUACAAACGUCCUGAUGGGUCCUAUAGCAUCUUUGGCACCAGAGACAGGGAAGGGAACACCUGGCUCACUGCCUUUGUGUACAGAUCAUUUGCACAAGCUGGUCACUUCAUCUACAUUGAUGAGCGUGUCCAGUCUCAAACCCUGAUGUGGCUGUCCAGCAAACAGAAACUAGAUGGCUGUUUCCGGAGUGUUGGGACACUCUUCAACAAUGCCUUGAAGGGAGGAGUAGAUGACGAGCUGUCUCUUUCUGCCUACACCACCAUUGCCAUGCUGGAAGCUGGGCACUCCAGUUCGUACCCUGUAAUCCGAAAUGCCAUUUUUUGUCUGGAGACUGCAUCUGAGAAGAGUAUCAGGGAAGUUUACACUCAGGCACUCAUGGCCUAUGCUUUCUGCUUAGCUGGCAAGGCAGAAAAAUGUGAAUCAUUCCUUGAAGAGUUACAGAAAUCAGCAAAGGAAGUUGAUGGCUCACAGCACUGGGAGCAGGAGGAGAGGUCUCCAUCAGACAAAUCUCCCUCCUUCCUUGACCAUGCCCCUUCAGCUGAUGUUGAGAUCACCAGUUAUGUGUUGUUGGCAUUGCUCUGCAAACCCAACCGGAGUAAAGAGGAUCUCACAAAGGCCUCAGGGAUUGUGCAGUGGAUCAUCAGGCAGCAGAAUCCCUAUGGAGGUUUCUCUUCUACCCAGGACACGGUCAUUGCCCUUCAAGCACUUGCUGCUUAUGGUGAGGCCACCCACAAAUCUGCUUCACAAAAUGGAGUCAAGAUCACUUCCAAAAAGCCUUUUGAGAAAGUAUUUUUUGUCAACAAUGAGAACAGGCUCCUGGUGCAACAGACUCCCCUUCCAGAGGUCCCUGGGAAAUACAGCCUGACAGUGAAUGGCAGUGGAUGCGUAUUUAUGCAAACAGCAUUGAGAUACAACAUUCACCUUCCAGAGGGGUCCUAUGGAUUUCUGCUUUCAGUACAGACAUCAAAUGCUUCCUGCCCACAGGACAGACCAGCAAAAUUUGAUAUUGUCCUCAUAAGCAGUUACACAGGGAAACGCAACAGCUCCAACAUGAUCAUUAUUGAUGUGAAGAUGCUCUCUGGCUUUGUUCCUGUUAAGUCUUCCCUGGAUAAGCUCAUUGACAGUCAAACAGUGAUGCAAGUAGAGAGCAAGAAAAAUCAUGUCCUCCUUUAUCUGCAAAAUAUCUCACAGAAGAAAAGUAAAGAAAUCACUUUCUCAGUUGAGCAGGACUUUGUAGUGACCCACCCCAAGCCAGCACCUGUGCAGAUCUAUGACUACUAUGAAACAGAAGAGUAUGCUGUUGCUCAAUAUUCAUCACCUUGCAAAGAGGUUGUUGCAGAAAUUGACUAAGGAUUCAAAAAGGAGCACCAUAAAUGUUGAACAAGUGGUCAAGCACCCUAUUUUCUUCUGUCAUGAAGUCCUGGAAAGAGCCAUUGCAUCAC